UUGUUUGUUGUUUCAGUCGCCAUCCAUAGAUGCUCCCGCGCAAACGUUAACUACUGCGAGGAAAAGUAAAUCAGUGAAGCCAAUAGUGUGGAGUACUGUACACGACGAGAUGUUAUGCAGAGAAAUAUUGGUUGUAGAUCCCUUUACUGGGACGAAAAAGGGUACAGUGACAAGAGGAACUAAGUGGAAAGAGGUCGCCGAAAACCUAAAAAAAAUUCAGCAAGGUUACUUUAAAGUUGACAAGCGGGCAGUCCGAGAUCGUUACAACCUCCUUACAAAGGAACAAAAAAACUGAAAAAACUGAAAAAACAAACUGAAACGAGAAGAAAAAGAAAUUGGAAUCGAAACUGAUAUGAAAGAAUUUGAAAUGGCAUUAGAAGAAUUAAUUGACAAAGAAGAUGCAGCUGAGACCGAGCAGAGGAUUGUUGAUGACCAGAAGAAAAUGAAGGAAAGUGAAGACAGGAAAAAUGCUGAGAGCGUUCGAAAGAAGGCCAUGGAAAGACUUUGACAAACACAGAAAAGGAAAGCAGACGAGAGUGAAAGCGAUGGGAGAAAAAGGAAGAAAAGAUCAAGCGGCAGCGACACAGUGAGCUUUCUGAGAGAGAAAAAUGAACAGGCACAGGAAAGGCAAAAACAGGAGUUGGAGUUGAGGAAACAGCAGCUCGAGGUUGAGUCAAAGAAGCAAGAUAACUUCAUGCAGAUGAUGCUAAAUCAGCAGCAACAGCAACAAAGACAGAUGCAGGAUUUUCAGGCUCUGAUGAGUAUCCAGACAAAACAGCAAAAGGAUUUGAUGCUAGCCCUUGUUUCUAAGUUAGUAGAGAAGAAAUAAAAUAUGUAACCACCAUGUUGUAAUCGAAAAGGGCAGUGGUGGUAGCACAAACAAAAUUUGGGUUUACAAACUUAAUUUUUAGCUGUUUUGCUGUUGUUAUUGUUUAUAAAUCAGAUAAGCUUUUUUGUUACUUGCUACGUAGA